GACGGAGGAGCCACAGCAGACUCUUGAGUUCUUCUUGAAUUGCCAGUUUUCAGCCUCCUCAUGCCUCCGUCUCCUUUAGACGACAGGGUAGUAGUGGCACUAUCUAGGCCCGUCCGACCUCAGGAUCUCAACCUUUGUUUAGACUCUAGCUAUCUUGGCUCUGCCACUCCAGGCAGCAAUAGACACCGUCCUGUCAUCGCCACCACAGUCGUGUCCCUCAAGGCUGCGAAUCUGACGUAUAUGCCCUCAUCCAGCGGCUCUGCCCGCUCCCUGAAUUGUGGAUGCAGCAGUGCCAGCUGCUGCACUGUGGCAACCUACGACAAGGACAAUCAGGCCCAAACCCAAGCCAUCGCUGCUGGCACUGCCACCACCGCCAUUGGAACCUCUACCACCUGCCCUGCUAACCAGAUGGUCAACAACAAUGAGAAUACAGGCUCUUUAAGUCCAUCAGGUGGGGUGGGCAGCCCUGUGUCAGGGACCCCCAAGCAGCUAGCCAGCAUCAAAAUAAUCUACCCCAAUGACCUGGCAAAGAAGAUGACCAAAUGCAGCAAGAGUCACCUGCCAAGCCAGGGCCCUGUCAUCAUUGACUGCAGGCCCUUCAUGGAGUACAACAAAAGUCACAUCCAAGGAGCUGUCCAUAUUAACUGUGCCGAUAAGAUCAGCCGGCGGAGACUGCAGCAAGGCAAGAUCACUGUUCUAGACUUGAUUUCCUGUAGGGAAGGCAAGGACUCUUUCAAGAGGAUCUUUUCCAAAGAAAUUAUAGUUUAUGAUGAGAAUACCAAUGAACCGAGCCGUGUGAUGCCCUCCCAGCCGCUUCACAUAGUCCUCGAGUCCCUGAAGAGAGAAGGCAAAGAACCUCUGGUGUUGAAAGGUGGACUUAGUAGUUUUAAGCAGAACCAUGAAAACCUCUGUGACAACUCCCUCCAGCUCCAAGAGUGCCGGGAGGUGGGGGGCGGUGCAUCUGCGGCCUCGAGCUUGCUACCUCAGUCUGUCCCCACCACCCCUGACAUCGAGAAUGCAGAGCUGACGCCCAUCCUGCCCUUCCUGUUCCUUGGCAAUGAGCAGGACGCUCAGGACCUGGACACCAUGCAGCGGCUGAACAUUGGCUAUGUCAUCAACGUCACCACUCACCUUCCCCUCUACCACUACGAGAAAGGUCUCUUCAACUACAAGCGGCUGCCGGCCACCGACAGCAACAAGCAGAACCUGCGGCAGUACUUUGAAGAGGCUUUUGAGUUCAUUGAGGAAGCUCAUCAGUGUGGGAAGGGGCUUCUCAUCCACUGCCAGGCCGGAGUGUCCCGCUCUGCCACCAUUGUCAUCGCCUACCUGAUGAAGCACACACGGAUGACCAUGACUGAUGCUUACAAAUUUGUCAAAGGCAAACGACCAAUUAUUUCUCCAAAUCUUAACUUCAUGGGGCAGUUGCUGGAGUUUGAGGAAGACCUAAACAAUGGUGUGACGCCACGCAUCCUUACGCCAAAGCUGAUGGGUGUGGAGACGGUCGUGUGACCGUGCUCAGGGUGGAAAGGAUUGCUGCUCUCCUUUGGGGGGCAAAAAAGGAAGGAGGAUGGGUUCUGGGUCCCCCCCCCUUUUUUUUUCCUUUUUUUUUAGUUGGGGGUAAAGUUUGUGAAUGGAAACAAACUUGUUUAAAGACUUUAUUUUUAACAAGUGUGAGAAGACUAUAACUUUUGAUGCCAUUGAGAUUUACUUCCCACAAACUGACAAAGCAGGGAGGUUCAAGAGGUCAUUUUUUUUUUUAAAGCCAACAAUGAAAAUAUAAUAAAACUUGUUUCUCCCCCUUUUCCUUUUAAGCUUUUUGUAGAGUUUAUGACUAAAUAGUCUGUGCAGGUUCAUAGACCUAAGAUCCCAUAUACACCAUUUUAAAAGAACCAAAAGUAAGUAGAAAAGACAUUGGAUCAUGAGGACCUAGGAGCCUACCUGGGCCAUCCAUAUAGGAAAUAAAAACCCCACCCAACCAAGCCCUGCUGUGCUCCUUGGUGCAGAGAGAAGAUCAGGGCAGCUUGAGUGGUCUAAGAAACCUUCGCGUAUUCUUUAAAGAAAUAGAGAAUAGUGUUUUAUGCUCUGGACUUUUCUUUCCCCCCGCUCUCUGGGUUGAAGAAACUUUUUGAAACAACAACAAGGAACGACUGACCACUAUACCAUAGGCCUUCACUGGCUCUUGUGCAAUAAUAUGGUGUUUUGAGUGUGCAAACAAGUUUAGAGCUGGCAAGUGAAUGAUAGACAAAUAGUGCAAAAUUGCCAGCUUGGAGGUAGAAAGAAAUUCAACAAAACCAAUUACUUUCCUUCCCACCUUUUCCUUUUUUUUUUUUUUUUGGGUUUUAUUCUGGUUAUAGUGCCAUAAACCUUGUUACAUAUGGUAUAUAGAAUGUAAAAAAAAAAAAAAUGACAAAAAUUUAUUUAAAAAUAUUUUUCGCAAAAAAAAAGCAAAAACAAACUUUGUGUGUUUCUGUUGAUUGUGUAAAAAUUUAUUUUCAUUAUAUAAAUGAAACUCAUUCUGAGACGUGUCGUUUUUGCCCACUCUUUUUUUACUUCAACUCAGGAUUAAGCCUCUGUUACCUCUGGAAGCUUGUACAUAUGACAUAAUUAAAAGCACAUGUUUUGACAUAGGGAAGGGAGAUGAGGGUGUGAAGCAGAGAAUCUUCGAGGAAGCUAAAGAUCUCCAGGGUUGAUGUGCCCAGUUAUGAAUGCCCUCCAUUCCCUAUUAUCCUCUCCUGUCAUCCUCAUCCAUAAGUAUAAUUCCUCUUACAUUGUGGAAGCCCUAGUUAAGGUGACCUCAAGAAUGUGAGCAUUCUCAUCAGCCUUCGAGCCUUGACAACCAAAUCACUGCCUGAUGGGUUAGAAGUCAGUGAUCUCCCAAUGGCUAAUCGAUAACUGUUUGUGACAAUCUGCCAUUUCUGUCUCCAAAGUCCUCAUUGCCUUCAUUGCCACUUAUUCAAUUGACAUCUUUGGUGGCAUUCACCAGAUAGUGCAUUUGCAGCAGGUUUUUUGUCCCCUAGUCUUAGCAAAUCAGACUCAGUUUUGCAAGCACAGCUUACCUAUAGCAGCACUUAGUUAAUGUAUCACAGGGUUAUCAAUCCACAGACAGGUGGGGGUAGGGGAAGAAUACAAUCCAAACAUUUCCUGUUUCACUGAAGUAUAGGUCUAGAGAGACUUAGCCACAGGAAAGAUUUGCAACAAACUGAAAUUUUCCAGGUCUGAGUUAGAGUUGAAGAAUUCUGGCAUGUCUCAUGCUACGUGACUAUAUUUGACAUAAAUAUUUUUUGUGAACAUUUGCUUACAAAUGUUAUGACAAUAUUUUUUUAUGUUUAUUUUUAAUAGAUUUCUGCUUAAAGUGUUUGAGUUUUUUCUUUUAUUAAAAGUAGAGCUUGAAUUUAACAGGAAUUAACAGCUACUUGAGAUUAUUUUAAUUUAAUGUAAAGUGUUAAUCAAUUAAAAUCUGUUACAGUAUUUUCUACUCUUUACAAUUCAUUAGCAGGCUAUUUUCUUGAUGUUGGAGCAUAUUUAAGGAGUAAGCUUUUGAUACAUAAUUGAUGAUUUAAAAUUUGUAGCAAUUUAUCAGACUCUUUUUAAAUCCAAAUGUUAAAUUUC